AUGGUUGGACCAGCUGCUUCGCUCACACCUCUGGCCCGUGCCGACGGGUCGGCAUCCUACCAGUGUCCUACGACCGGUUACAGUAUCCUGGGCUCGGUGAAUGCUCCUAUCGAGCUACCAGGUCGCCGUGAUGCUUUGAAACCCGAAGAAGCGACUGUCGAGGUCUUUGUGAAGCCGGGGACGACCCCCGGCGGUGUUGGCGAACGCUACGUGGAGGGCAUCAUCAAGAGCAUGCUAGGAAGGAUAAUUCUGGGUCGGGAGAAGGGAUACCCUCGACGAGGCGUUGUUGUCACACUGGCUAUUGUGGGUGGCCAAAGCGUUACCAGAGGUGAUUCGUAUCUAACUCUUCUACCGGCUCUCCUUCAAGCCUCGCUUCUGGCGCUACUCUCUGCUGCUGUACCUUUAUCUAUGACUUUUACAGCAACUGUUCUGGCGGUCACCGCGGCCGGAGAUAUCGUUCCAGAGCCAUCGAUCGAACAAGCGGCGACAGCCAAAUCCCUUCAUGCACUGGCCUUUUCUUCCAAGGGUCAUCUCCUGCUGAAUGAAAGCCAAGGAAAGUUUGAUUUUGAUACUUGGGAUAAGGUGCAUGAGCGGGCGUCCGCGAUCUGUCACGGGACCGGGAUCAGUAGCGGCGACGGUGACGUUGCCAUGGCCGGAGAGGACAAUGGACAGAACCUGGAGAAAUUCGUACGAGAGACGGUCGAGGAUAAACUUUAUUCAGACUACGCCUGGAAGAUUGAUGCGGCUUGA